UUGUCGAUUUUCGUCGUCGCUCAGGAGCGAAGAUAUGAUUUGUAAGAUGUGGAAGAUGUUGAUUUCGUCGUUUGGUGGUGAAUCGAGACCACUAAUUAUUCGCUAUUAUUGUCACGAACAUCUGAGGGUUUCCAUUAUCGAUGGGAAUUCUGAAAAAGAGUGUCGGUCGAGGGCCCUCGAGUCGGUAAAGUUUGGUUAUGUUGUUGGUUCUUGCAAUGGAUUAAUCUUGCUGUCAAAAACGGGUAUGGAUCUCUAUGAUAGGGAAAACCGGUGGAAUAAACAUGUUGUUUUGAAUCCUAAUUCCAAAAAUAGAGGAGUCACAAUAAUCAAUGGUCCUUCCGGGGGAGGUACUUUGUGCGGGUUUUUCUUCCAUCCUAAGGCAAAAGAAUGUAGAAUUCUUAGUGUAAGACAAUCUAACAACAAUCAGUUUGAGUAUCAUCUUUACCUAUUUGGAGAAAAGAGAUGGAGAAGUACUAAGAAGCCGUAUUUUUCUUACCGACCGGAUAUUCGGCAAAGGUCGUUGAACUUUGAAACAAGGAUUGAUGACCGUCCAGCUAUUGCGAAUGAUGCGCUUCAUUGGUGCAUCAGUAUGGUUGGUGAAAUCAUGGUGUUUAACAUGGUUACUGAAGAUUUCUCGACCAAACCCUGUCCUGUCGUCGUUGACAAAGGAGGCUGCCAUUUGCAACAUCUUUCGGUGAAAGACAACCAAUUGUGUUUUUGCUAUGUGGAUCGUAAAGAUCAAUCCAUGGACAUCUGGAUUCUCGAGAAUUAUACAAAGUGGUCUUGGGUUAGAAAGUAUGUUGUUCAUCUUGAUUGGGACCUCAACAAGUAUGCACCGGGAGAAAACUUUCUGACUGCGGAUUUCUUCCUUGGUGUAAAAGUUAUUUGCAUUCAAAAUAAUGAGUUGGUGUUGUUCUGGGUACAUAGAGGAAUGUUUUCCUAUCGUUUAGACAAAAAUACAGUUAAGAGAAUUCGAUUGAGAAAGUCUCAUAUGGAUUCGCUAAUGCGAGAUUAUGAUUGGUUAUGUGGCUUUCAGGCUUAUCAUCCAUUCCAAUCAAUCAAUGAACGUGAGUCUAAGCGGGAGAUAGUCUAAGUGGGAGAUAAGUGGGAGAUUGUUAACAUAGUAGACUAAAAGUCUUGCUGUUAUCUAUGAGUAAUUUAUUUUGAAUAAAGUUUAUUCAUUUAAAUCAUUUGCUGUUAUCUAUGAGUAAUUUAUUUUGAAUAAAGUUUAUUCAUUUAAA